CUUGUCUGUUGCUUUCAGGAUGAAUCUGUUUUGAUAUGGUUCUCUGGGAAAGAAGAGAAGCGCCUUAAACUGACUAAUGUUUCUAGGAUUAUAUCUGGACAACGCACACCAAUCUUUCAAAGAUAUCCACGGCCUGAGAAGGAAUACCAGUCGUUUUCUCUCAUUUACAAUGAUAGAUCGUUAGACUUGAUUUGUAAGGAUAAAGAUGAAGCUGAGGUUUGGUUCAGUGGAUUGAAAGCUUUAAUUUCACGCAGUCAUCACCGGAAGUGGAAACCUGAGUCAAGAAGUGAUGGUAUUCCAUCUGAAACUAAUAGUCCUCGAACAUACACUAGAAGAAGUUCUCCAAUGAAUUCUCCAUUUGGUAGUAGUGAAAGCUUGCCAAAGGACAGUGGGGAUCAUCUUCGGCUUCAUAGCCCAUAUGAAAGCCCCCCAAAGAAUGGUUUGGAUAAAGCAUUUUCUGAUGUGAUUUAUUAUCCUAUUCCUCCAAUGGGUUUCUUCCCUCCAGAUUCUGUGAGUGGUUCACUCCACUCCGUGUCAUCCGGAGGAUCAGAUAGCAUGCAUGGUCAAAUGAAGACAAUGCCUGUGGAUGCUUUUAGAGUUAGUCUAUCAAGUGCAGUUAGCUCAUCUAGCCAAGGUUCUGGUCAUGAUGAUGGUGAUGCCUUGGGGGAUGUUUUCAUUUGGGGGGAAGGCACAGGUGAUGCUGUACUAGGUGGUGGGUCUCACCAAGUUGGGAGUGAUUUUGGUGUGAAAAUGGAUUCUCUGUUGCCGAAAGCCUUGGAAUCUGCAGUAGUUCUUGAUGUACAGAAUAUUGCCUGUGGUGGGAAACAUGCGGCCUUAGUUACCAAACAAGGUGAAAUUUUUUCCUGGGGAGAAGAAUCAGGAGGAAGGCUUGGCCAUGGAGUUGAUUCGGAUGUUCCUCAUCCAAAGCUUAUUGAAUCUCUAAGUAAUACAAAUAUUGAACUUGUAGCUUGUGGAGAGUAUCAUACAUGUGCUGUGACACUUUCUGGUGAUCUUUAUACAUGGGGUGAUGGUACUUCCAAUUAUGGUCUUCUAGGGCAUGGAAAUCAGGUGAGCCACUGGGUCCCAAAAAGGGUAAAUGGCCAUUUGGAGGGAAUACAUGUUUCAUCUAUUUCUUGUGGUCCAUGGCACACUGCUGUUGUAACCUCUGCUGGGCAAUUAUUUACUUUUGGUGAUGGGACAUUUGGUGUUCUGGGUCAUGGAGACAGAAAAAGUGUUUCCUUGCCUAGAGAAAUAGAGUCCUUGAAGGGUCUUCGUACUGUUCAGGCUGCUUGUGGUGUUUGGCAUACUGCCGCUGUUGUGGAGGUCAUGGUUGGAAAUUCAAGUUCCAGCAACUGCUCUUCAGGGAAGCUGUUUACUUGGGGUGAUGGAGACAAAGGUCGACUUGGGCAUGGUGAAAAGGAAUCAAAACUUGUUCCAACCUGUGUUGUAGCUCUUGUUGAACCUAAUUUUUGUCAAGUGUCAUGUGGUCAUAGUAUGACUGUUGCACUUUCUCGAUCAGGCCAUGUCUAUACAAUGGGCAGUUGUGUCUAUGGCCAGUUAGGAAAUACUCAAGCAGAUGGGAAGCUACCAACCCGUGUAGAAGGAAAGCUGUCAAAGAGUUUUGUGGAAGAGAUAGCUUGUGGUGCAUAUCAUGUAGCGGUUCUAACUUCAAGGACUGAGGUUUUCACGUGGGGGAAAGGUGCUAAUGGUCGUUUAGGCCAUGGGGAUACUAAUGACAGAAGCACCCCAACAUUGGUAGAAGCUCUGAAAGACAAGCAAGUAAAAAGUAUUGCUUGUGGUACAAAUUUCACGGCAGCCAUAUGCCUGCAUAAGUGGGUAUGUGGUGUUGACCAGUCUAUGUGUUCAGGCUGCCGCCUGCCAUUCAAUUUCAAAAGGAAACGCCACAAUUGUUAUAACUGUGGACUUGUUUUUUGUCAUUCAUGCAGUAGUAAGAAAUCUGUCAAGGCUUCAAUGGCACCAAACCCCAACAAACCUUAUCGUGUCUGUGAUAAUUGUUUUAAUAAAAUAAGAAAAACAACCGAAACUGAUUCUUCAUCUCAGUCCUCUAUGAGCAGAAGAGGAAGUGUUAAUCAGGGUUCACUUGAGUUUAUUGGUAAGGAUGACAAAUUGGAUUCCAGAUCUCAUAAUCAACUUGCUAGGUUUUCUUCAAUAGAAUCCUUGAAACAAGUGGACAGCAGAUCUUCGAAGAAAAACAAAAAGUUGGAAUUUAACAGUAGCCGUGUCUCACCUGCUCCAAAUAGUGGUUCACAGUGGGGAGCAAUGAAUAUUUCAAAAUCUUUUAAUCCUGUUUUUGGAUCAUCGAAGAAGUUUUUUUCAGCUUCUGUUCCUGGAUCUAGGAUUGUUUCCCGGGCAACAUCCCCAAUAUCUAGACGGCCUAGUCCACCACGUUCAACUACUCCAACCCCAACAGUAGGGGGACUUUCAUCCCCAAAGAUAGUUGUGGAUGAUGCUAAGAGAAUCAAUGAUAACCUCAGUCAGGAGGUUAUUAAAUUAAGAUCGCAGGUAUUUUGACUUGUGCUUUCCUUGAUAGAUGGUAUUCCCUUGCUUAAAUAUCAUUUUAGUAGAAUCUUAAUCUAAAAAAUCUCACAUGUCAUUUAGUCUCUCUGUUGUAUUCAAACGAGGUCUUUCUUUUUAAUGAUAUUAUUUUAAUGUGGAUUGGGUCUGAAUAAAUAACCCCAGCUACCACGGGGAGAAAGAAAAAUAAGCAAGAAAGGAGUUUAUACCUAUUGCUAUAAGGCUUUGAUUGUUUAUAACUAAAUUCAUGUUUAAUUGGAAGUAGCCACAUCAUUUGCUGUAUUAUAUUAUCUGCUAAUGGUAGAGUUGUAUAUUAAUUCACCGGCCAGAAAAUAUUAAUGCAGAGAAGUAAUAUUGUCAUGUUUUGAAUUUUUAGUUAUCAUUACAUCAGAGCAUGUGCAUGCAACUGUUUCAGAGAUGGUG